AUGUUCACCGAACGACCACGUUUGAAUUCGCACAGGACACUCACCGUCCAACGUGUUGAAGACAAUGGAAUGGGUCCAACCCCUCAGUCCAACUUGGGUCCAACGCCCAUCCGCAGCUUGAAAAGGAAGCAGAACUUUCACCAUAAGAAGCCGUCCUUCCGCAGCGACGAGGAACCUUGUGUUGAAGACGUGGGGGAUCUUCAGAUCCAAGAUGAUCGACCUACCUUUGAGAUUCGAACACGAGAUAAGUCUGAUCUUGAGGAAGGUGAACCUGACCUUGAGGUCAGACUCACCUCUAGCUAUAAGGACGAUGAGUCUGGCCUUGGAGACGAUAAAACUGUCCUUGAAGACGAUGAGUCUGACCUUGAGGAAUUUCCCAUACGAAACAACGCCUUUGCAAACCCAUCUCGCUUCGACUAUGUGGAACUCACCAUUCUAAUGUUCGAUUCGUGGGAAUCGUACGGUCCUAGUAGAUGGGCCCUCCUGGUCGAAGACCAUUACUUAAACGUAGAAGAUUGCUACCAGCUCUUAGAGGGGCCAACCAAACGAAACCCCGGUAAACCUUAUGAGUUUCGCUAUGAACCUGGUAAACUUGGCUCCUUUCGAAAACCCGAUAGACGCCAUCACAUCACCUGGAUUCGGCGGGACGAUAGGCGUAAAGUCUACCAUGCGGCUAAAGAGGUAAACCAUAAGCACAAGUUUUCUCAACGGUGGGUUAUCGAGAUAAUCUGGAACCUGGAGGAGCAAAGAGUUGUCGUUCCAGGUAAAGGCCACGAGCUCCGGGUGCUCGAACAAAAAUACGUGCUCCCUAAAGAGAAGGUUGAUAAUAUGCUGUUAGUGAUUGAACAAGAAACGGCCAGAUCUAUUCCUCAGAAAUUGAGUGAUUGGGUUCGUGGACGGCCUGGCGCGGUAUUGAAGACACGCGAACGGGUAAACUGUAAGAUGGUCGAGCUGGUGAUAUUCCUUGACCCUGAGCAUAAGUACCGGCUCAAGCUCCAGAAUCAGACCGAUUCAAAGGAGGACUAUUACGCUCGUCUCCGUAACGAAACCGUGCAGUUUUUUAGGAGGGCCGAUCCCUUCGGUUGGUUCACUGACGGUCACGAACCAAUCUCUUUCGUAUGUGAGAUGGGUUGUCCGCGUAGUCUUGGUUAUGGAAACUUGUACUUUUCUUUCGCCGGUUUGGAGGUUCGAGUCUCGACGCGCUGGUUGCCAAGGACAUAA